CUUAUCUAUCCCCCUAAAACGUUUAUCAUUCAGAGCCUUUUAGAUAAGCCAUAUUAUCCAAAGAUAAGGAUCCAUAUCUAAUUUUGGUUCAGCAAUGUUAUUCUUCCUCUAGAACAGAUAAUCCAUAUUGGCGUAUAUGCUUGAUAGCGGGAAGAUGUUAGGGUUAGUUGCUGUUGCAGAUAGAGACCAUACUUGUAAAGCUGGGACGCAUUUGAAGAUGGCAUGAGUAACAGUUUCUUAUGGUUCCCCACAUCUUGGACAAUAAUUAUCGCAUCAAAUAUGUCGACGUGUCAGAUUUCUUGUUACUGCUACAUCUCAUGUUACCAAUUGCCACAUAAGAUGACAUAUCUUCUGAGGUACUUUUAUCUUCCAAGCAAACCACCAGUAAUCCAACAUCCCAUUCUUUUGACUGACUGUUGAUUAGAUCGCUGGCUGGCAUUUUUGGAUUCAACAUUGGGGCAAAAGGUCAAGUCGGCUUGAAUGGUAUGGUGGGAACCCAAGGAUCCUCCCAAACAUUGACCGCAUAUCUAUAAUGGAUUUUUCGUCUAAUCCCCAAAAGCAAUAAAUUCCUUACAACUGAAAUACUAGUCCACACAUACGAUGGGUUGUUUAUUGAGCAUAAACACAAAUUUCAUGUGUAUUAACAACUGAUUUUGUAGUUGAGUUAUUUGUCACAACAUAAUCUUUUAUAUACAGCUGGUAAUAUUGCUUAAUUUGUGUGUUGUUUAAGAAAAGUUUCCUUAAAAAAAGACUUGUGUUUGUAAGUCAGCUGUUAACUCAAAAAUUAGCAAGGUUUAUGUAAAUCAUCCAUCACUUAAGGCUUGUUUAUGUUCGUAAGUUAGCCUAUAGUUCAUAAAUCAGUCAUAUUUUUGUAACUCAACCGUAUCGUUGGAUUUAUUUAUACGUAUAAAUCAGUCAUGUUGUUCAAAUCAACCGCAAUAUAUAUUAACUCAAUCGUCUAACCGCUGUAACGCUUUACAACUGAGUUCAUUAAUACAUAUCAGCUUUUUUUUUUGCGCCAAAUUUAUUUUCUGAUAUUUAUUAACAAUUAGUGACAUUUUUGUAGUAAAAAAAAUAAAUUAUAAACUUCUGGUAAUAUUACUUAAUUUGUGUGCUGUUUAAGUAAAAUUUUCUUUAAAAAAACGACUUGGGAUCCAGCAACAUCGUCCACGGCCACAAUAACAAUCAGUGCCGGGCACGCUAACCAAUAAAUGAGCCUUGGGAUCCUUUCACAUCAAUCAUCUUGGCUUUGCUAAAUCGACAAUUUGCCAAAACCUCGUCUCCAUGGAUCCAAAAAACAGAGAUUUCCUAAACCACCUCGAAACAUACCUGGCCAAAAGAGACGGCGUAGACAAGCUCCUGAAGAUCUCUCGUUACACAACCAAGAUCAUCCUCGCAUCAUCCCUUCUCCCAGAAUCGGGCUCUCUAACUCACCGCCUCAAGAGCUUUGAAUCAAGCGUCGGAGUCAGCCGCAAAGCCUUCCGUCUCGGAAAAUUCGUACAAGACAUCAACGCCCUCAGAGCCUCGCCACGUGACUCGAGCCGCGACCUCCUCCUUCUGGUAAUCGCGUACGGGGGCGAAGGGUUGUACUACUUCGUAGAGCAGUUCAUCUGGUUAGCGAAAUCGGGAUUGAUCGAUGCGAAACACGCGAAAUGGUUGCAGAAGAUCAGCGCAUGGGCGGAGCUCGUGGGGUAUGUCGGGAGCGUUUCGUUGAAGAUUAGGGAUUUGAGGAAGAUCAAGGACGAGAUUGAGAUGUCUAAUGGAGGAGAAGAGGAGAAGAUGAAGAAGCUUAAGGAGAAGAAGACAUUGAAAGUGUUGUCCAUCUUGCAAGAUCUUGCUGAUGGGUUGAUGACGAUCGCAGAUCUUAGGGAUGGUAAGGGAGUGUUAUCAGCUCCGAGUGUGAUUUCUUCAGCAGGUUUGUUCUCAGCCAUUAUCAGUACUCACAAGAACUGGGUUUCUUGUUGAUCAUUCGUUUCCGUAAUCCAUAUACUCAAUAAAUAGUUUCAUUUUUUGGUUCUUGUCUGCUUUAUUACAUCACUGAUGUUUUGUUUCAGUGUUCCUCUCAAAUUCAAUGUUUAUCAGAUAUAUAAACAGAGUUGAAGAAAUACAUGAUUUAAAUCAGUAAAGAUGAAAUAAUUCCAAGCUUUGGAAGCAAUAAAAACAUGCUUUUAACUCUUGUUCUUGAAUAAAGGUUUCAUUUUUUUUU